AUGGACGCCAAGUUCCAGAUAUCGGCACAGAGGAGUUGGAAGGCUGUGAGGCCAUUCAACAUUAUCAUUGUUGGCGCAGGCAUCGCUGGUCUAUCAGCAGGUCUUGCACUGGCGCUAACAGGACACACUGCCACGAUCCUUGAGAGGGCAUCUGAGAUCUCUGAAGUGGGAGCUGGCAUACAGCUACCCCCAAACGCGUCCAGGAUCCUGCACCGAUUGGGUGUUUUAGAUAAAGUGAUGGAGCACACAUCUCUUUUGUCUAAAGUCAGCAUCAGACGAUAUGAUAGUGACGAGGAGCUUGGCUCGCUUCCAAUCAUGCCAUCAGUCGACCUUCAAUACGGAGCUCCCAUGGGUGCCAUUCAUCGAGCAGAUCUACAACGUAUUCUUCUUGAAGCCGCUAUAGAAGCUGGCUGCCAAGUGCGCACAUCACAAGUUGUCGUGGGCGUGCAUCGAUCAUUCCUUCCUCAGGUGAAAGUUGAGAGUCUCGCAACAGGCCAUUGUGUCUGGCUUACCGGGGAUAUCGUCAUUGCGGCUGAUGGCAUUCAUUCCAUGAUGAGGAAGCAAAUGGCAAAAUCAGCUGGAUUUGCAGACGGACCACUUCCCGCAGCUGAUGCGGCAUACAGGCUGCUCAUCUCCCGUGAGAAGGUACAACAUAAUGAGAAGCUUCUCGACAUGUUGGACCAGAAUAUAGCUGUUCGCUAUAUGGGACCCGGCGGCCACGUCAUGGGAUAUCCUGUUAAAAAGAACACCAUGUACAACCUCGUCCUUCUACAUACGGCCAACAGACCAUUAGGGCGAACGAUAGAUGGAGAGGAUGUCUGGUUCGCAAAAGGAAAUCGAGCAGCAAUGCUUGAUUUCUAUAAAGAGUGGUCCCCCGCGAUUCGCGCCUGGCUAUGCUGCGCCGAGGAAGAGGUGCUGGAGUGGAAACUGGAUACUUUUCCCGCAUUACCAUAUUGGUCUCGGGGUAGUGUCACACUCGCCGGUGAUGCCUGUCAUCCCAUGCUUCCCUACGUCGCCCAAGGAGCCGCAAACGCUAUCGAAGACGCCGCUGUAAUAGCAACCGCCCUGACAUGCACAUCGAAUGUCUCGCUCGCACUGGGCGUGUAUGAGAUCGUUCGAAAAGAACGUGCAGAAAGGAUUGCUUCCAGCGCCUUAGCCACGGGCCACAGCCUCCAUUUACCCGACGGCCCGGAGCAAGAGAAGCGAGACAAAGCCAUCCGUCAUGCUAACGAGCAUGAUGUUCGCGCAGACCGGUGGUGCGAUAAAGAAUGGCAGGAUUACAUGUGGGCCACAGACGUGAUGAGAUACACGACAGAGAAUUGGCCCAAGAAUGUCUAUUCCUUUCUGCAUCUACAACUCAAGAAUUUCAAGACGAAAUAG